AGCAACCAAAGUGUGACUGACAAUCGAUCGACCAACCCCGCCUUGCUCCAUUUGGUCCUCCCCUUGAUGAAAGCAUCGUUCGUAGCCGUGGUGGUGGCUGCAUACGCCCACGCGGCAUGGGCCCACCCAUGGAAGGGGAACAAGUCGUUCAAGAUCAACGACACCAACGUCACCCUCCUCAACACGUUUUGGGCCACGUCGCCUGGGCUCAACAAGAAAGCGCCUGUGAACGUCACGACCUACUCGACCGACUGCAAGGACGUCGAGUUCCAGGAGGACCGUCGGUGGGACAACUGCACGGAAGAGCGUAUCACGUGCAUAUGGUUCCCCAACGGCACCGUGGGCCGAGGAAGCAACUGCCGCAAAGUCACUCGGUACGGGUCAGCCGACUACGGCCAGGUGAAUGCGUUCCGCGGCGGGUCGGGGUCCGUGGACCGAAAGUUCGACAACGUCACGGGCACGAACGUGUCGACGACGCUGUUUCCAUCGCACAUCACCGUCGAGCACAUUGAAGGCUUUCCGACUUAUGUCGAAACCAUAGUCAUCGAUGAGAUCGGGGUCAGAUCCUUCAACCGCGACAUGUCGAGGACGUACCAGACCAAGCUGCCCAUCACAGCGCGCUUCCUGCAAAUGCGGGGAAACCGAAUAGCGUCCAUCAGCGGCGUCACCUUUUCCGAAAAUUUGCAAGUCAUGGACUUUGGUGGAAAUGAAAUCACAUCCAUUGGAAAGAUCGUCGCGCCGAAUCUUAUGACAUUGUCCUUCAUAAGCAACAAAAUCGCUUCCCUUGCCGGUGCCGUGUUCCCACUUACGCUGCGCAGCUUGCUACUCCAAAGCAAUGAAAUCACCACCUUAGCCAACGCGGACUGGCCCCCCAACCUUCUAAUCUUGGCGCUGUCGUCAAAUCUGCUGACCAGUCUCUCGUACCCGCUGCCGGCAACUCUAAUCGACUUACGCGCAUCGCAUAUGCCCAUCGAUGAUAACUUGGUCAAAGUAACUUGGCCGUCGAAAUUGCGACUGCUCUCCCUCGUCAAUACCACCGUGACCGAACUCACAUCAAACUUUCCGCCGACACUCAAAUACAUGUUCCUCUGGAACACCAACAUCACGGCAUUUUACGCGAAUGAGUCUCAAUUCUUGCUGCUGUCGAACGUCUCUACGACUUGCGAAGGCCUCAGCGACGACGGCAGUGGUGACAACGGUGACCACGACUAUUGCGAGCGCUUGCUGUCGCACAACGCCACCAACACCACGUGCAAAGGCCACAUCCGCAUCGAGUGGCUGCAUGGCAAGUACCCGAUCUGCAUCAUUCCGGACGACAAACGCCCGCUGAACAAGGUCACAAUCAUCUGCGCGGUGGCAAUCUCGGGGGGGGUGCUCGUGGUCGGCGUCGCCUUGCUUGCGCACUGGCGGAAGGUCCAGCGGCGGCAUAAGUGGUACAACGACUCGGGCGCGUACUGCGAAGACCAGACGGCGACGGUCGUGACCAACGACAUCCGGACCGACAAGCUCAUCUCGAGCUACCGGAUUCCGCCCGACCGGAUCGACCGCGGGGUCGAAAUCGGGCGCGGCGGGUACGGCGUCGUGUACGUGGCCACGAUCAAGUACGGGGGCAAGGCGACGCGGCAGGUGGCGAUGAAGCGGCUGCUGCCCGAGCGCACGCACAACCCCACGGACGUCGAGACGUUUAUGGACGAGAUCCGCACAUGUUCGAGCAUCUUCCACCCCAACAUUGUCGAGUUUGUGGGAGUGACGUGGACAACGUUGUCCAACGUUUCGCUGCUGACAGAGUUCAUGGCAGCGGGCGACGUGUGGAGUUUGAUCGAGGCCGACCACCGCCGCCGCCACCGCGCGAUCGAGUGGCAUAUCCAGCCAGACACACUUUUGGUGGAUUUGGACGACCUGUCGACAUUCUUGUCUGGCCCAGUGGCUGAUGAUGAUGACGAAGAAGGACCUGAUCACAUGCAGGCACAUCGUCGGUUUUCCAAAUUUAGCAUCUUGUGCAGCGUCGUGGACGCACUCGUGUACUUGCACUCGCUGCCCGUGCCCAUCAUCCACCGCGACAUCAAAGCCAGGAACGUCCUUGUCAACGACGUUGGCCACGUCAAGCUCUCCGACUUUGGCACGAGUCGCGAGGGUACGAUGGACUACACGAUGACGUCCGAGAUUGGCACGAUUCCGUGGAUCGCACCCGAGAUCCUCAAGGGUGUGCGGUACACGGAGAUGGCCGACAUCUACUCGGUGGGCGUGCUCAUCUCGGAGCUCGACACGGGCGAAGUGCCGUACUCGACCAUGGAAACGACCUCUCCGAACGAUAAGUACCCUCGAGUGGCCAAGACCAAGAUCAUGAUGAUGGUCGUGGCCGGCGACCUACGGCCGUGCGUGACCCACGAGUGCCCCAACAUUAUUUAUGACGUGAUCCGGCGCUGUGUCGCAUACUGCCCAAGCGACCGCCCCACGGCCAAGCAGCUGCAGCACUGGCUGCGGCAAAUCCAACGAGAAAUGACCUUACAACCCCAUCAACAACCCCGCACUACACCGGCUUGACAGAAUUAUAUGGCGACUAUAUAUAUGCAGUUUCGAUUGGUU